AAGGAGAAGGGCGCCGAGGAGGAGAGCAAACCCGCCAAGGGCCCGCGCAGACCCAGGAUCAUGCACUGCAAAGUCACACUGCUGGACGACGCACUCUUCGAGUGUGAGCUUGACAAACAUGCCAAAGGCCAGGAGUUAUUCACUAAAGUGUGUGACCACCUCAACUUGCUGGAGAAGGACUAUUAUGGGCUGGCCAUUUGGGAGACACCCACCAUGAAGACUUGGCUGGAUUUCACCAAGGAGAUCAGGAGGCAGGUAUCAGGGACCAACUACGAGUUCACCUUCAAUGUGAAGUUUUACCCUCCAGACCCUGCCCAGCUAUCAGAAGACAUUACAAGGUACUACCUGUGUCUGCAGCUGCGUAAGGACAUCCAGGGGGGGCGGCUGCCGUGCUCCUUCGUGACGCUGGCCCUGCUGGGCUCCUACGCCCUGCAGUCGGAGCUGGGGGAGUACGACCCCGAGACGCACGCGCCCGACUACGCCAAGGACCUGAAGCUGGCCACCGGGCAGAGCAAGGAGCUGGAGGAGAAGAUCACAGAGCUGCAUCGCACCUACAAGGCCAUGAGUCCUGCGCAGGCUGACAUGAGCUUCCUGGAGAACGCCAAGAAACUGGCCAUGUACGGAGUGGACCUGCACCAGGCGAAGGACCUGGACGGCGUGGACAUCAUGUUGGGCGUGUGCUCCAGUGGCCUGAUGGUCUACAAGGACAAGUUGAGGAUCAACCGUUUCCCCUGGCCCAAAGUCCUCAAGGUCUCCUACAAGCGCAGCAGCUUCUUCAUCAAGAUACGCCCCUCAGAGCUGGAACACUAUGAGAGUGCCAUUGGCUUCAAGCUGCCCAACUACAAAGCCGCCAAGAAGCUCUGGAAAGUCUGUGUGGAGCAUCACACCUUCUUCAGGUUGACCUCCACCGAGGCGGCCACCACCCCGAGGAAGUUCCUGGCCCUGGGCUCCAAGUUCCGCUACAGCGGCCGCACGCAGGCCCAGACCCGGCAGGCCAGCUCCAUGAUCGACCGGCCCGCCCCCGCCUUCCAGCGCUCCGCCAGCAAGAGGAACUCCCGCAGCCUCGAUGGAGCAAUGGUGGCCACCCCUGAGAAAGGUGCCCGCCCCGUCAGCGCCCCAAUCAUGCCCCUCAUCUCCCCGGGAGACGUGAUCCCCUCGGCCGCCCCCGCAGCUGUCACCUCGGCAACUAAGGAUCGCAAAGAGGCCUCGCCGGCGGGCCGCACCUCUCGCUCGGCAGAGAGGAAGGCGGAGGUGAAGGGGGAGGGCCGCACCACCACAGACUCCCCCAAGGCCCAGCAGGGCGGGGCCAAAGCUGAGCACACACCUGACAUCAAGGAUGUGGACAAGACCCAGUCUGAGAUCAUGCGUCACCACACCAGCAUCAGCGAGCUGAAGCGCAGCUUCAUGGAGAGUGUCCCGGAGCCGCGGCCCAGCGAGUGGGACAAGCGCCUGUCCACGCACUCGCCCUUCCGCACCGCCACCGUCGCCACCAUCAACGGACAGAUGCAGACCAGCGCAGAGGGGUCCCCUGUCGUGAAGACUCAGACAAUCACCAUCUCUGAUGUCACCAACUCCCUCUGCGGGGAGGUCGUCACCAAAGAGGUCCCCAUCGUGCACACCGAAACUAAGACCAUUACGUACGAGGCGGCGCAGUCGACGGUAGACACGGUGGCAGAGAGGGAGACUGGGAUGCUGCUGAGCGCACAGACCAUCACCUCGGAGACCAUCAGCACUACCACCACCACCCAGAUCACAAAGCAGACGGUGAAGGGAGGGAUCUCGGAGACCCGCAUUGAGAAGCGGAUCGUCAUCACCGGAGACACAGAGAUCGACCACGAUAAGGCCCUGGCUCGAGCCAUCAAGGAGGCCAAGGAGCAGCACCCGGACAUGGCCGUCACCAAGGUGGUGGUGCACCAGGAGACAGAGAUCACCCCCGAGUAGAGGAGCAGAGCCCCUACUGACUGACGUCGACUCCGUGGGAUCACACACAC